ACCGCCGCCGCCGCCGCCGUGCUCUCGCUCGCAGGGCGCAUCGGCGAGCCGCCAUGGCGGAGCGGAAGGAAGGGGAAGGGAAGGUGGUGGUGGUGGAGGAGGAGGAGGAGGAGCGGCGGCUGCGGGGGGCGCUGCGGAGCCUGCAGCAGGAGGCCGGGGUGCUGGAGCGGCUGGUGUACAAGCACCGGAACCAGCACCGCGGCGCCGCCUACUUCCAGUACCUCCUCAAGGUGAGGCGCGACGUGAGGCUGCUCCUCGCCGCCGGCCUCGGGGACGUCCUCACCGCCGUCUUCCCCGUCCUCGCCUCCCGCAAGCCGGCCAACACCAUCCUCGCCGUCAACAGGCAGAGUAAGAAGAAGCCUGGUGCAAACCAUUGUCACCAUGAGAGGCUUUUGGGUGUCGCACGCUUGUUAUCAGAGAUGGCUGAACCUGUUAUGAUGGGAGCAGUUCAGAUCUCGUUUUUACUUGCAAGAUCAUUUUUUGUUGAUCUUUGCACAGCGAUUCUUGCUUUGCUAGCAAGAGUGAGGGCUCUGGUUCAACAGAUGCUACUUGAUGUUGUCUCAGUUUACAACAAGGCUUCUGAUCUUAUUGAUAGGAAGCAAUCUGUUAAGAUUAGUAUUGGUGGAGCGCAGGCUUUCAGAGAGUACUAUCCCUCAAGCAAUGAUGCCCGUACUUUUCUGGAAUGUGUUUGGGUGAAAGAUAAAUUUGUUUUGCAUGAAAAUACAAAAGGUAACUGUGAGAAAACCCAAGCUGAGGAUCAAAAGUCAUGUGCUUCCGAAUCAGCAGUCCUGUAUGAAACUCUUGGACAAGUUUCUGAAGAUAUGGAAAAUGCUGAAGGAUUGAACUCUCCCAUGAAGCUACCAGAUGCCACCUUAGCAAACCAGCCAGAGAAAACCCAUUGCCAUCGUGAUGAAGAUUCUCAAAGUAGGAGGCAAUUGGUGAAUGACAACAAUUCUAAUUCUCUUUCAGAUGCAGUUGCUACUCAUGUGCAUUCAACUCCAUGCCCUGAUGUCAAGCCUGAGACAAAGAAGAGAGUUGCAUUCAUUGCAGUUGGAAAUCCGAAAGCCACUGCUAGUUCGAUUGGAACAACUUUAACUAAGAAGCAGAGACUAGAUGUGAUUCCACGCGCCACUGCAGAACCUGAAGAUCUAUAUGUCAAGCCUGAGACAAAGAAGAGAGUUGCAUUCAUCGCAGUAGGAAAUCCGAAAGCCACUGCUAGUUCGAGUGGAACAACUUUAACUAAGAAGCAGAGACUAGAGGUGAUUCCACGCGCCACUGCAGAACCUGAAGAUCUAUAUGGCAAAUUUUCUGAGGAUACAGACAAGUCCAUAUUUUAGAUUGUUUUGCACUGCAGCUGACCAGUGAUCACUGAAAUACUUCUCAGCUUUCUAACAUGAAAAGAACAAUCAAUACAAAAGAGGGCUCGGUGUAGCUCAAGAUAUGGUUAAAUUUUGAAGCAACUUUUGCUGUAGCAUCUAGGAGGUUGCUUGGUUUAUCUCGCUAAAUCAUUAGUAUAGCCUUCAUUGUAUUCUGGGAUGCAAUAUUAUUUUGUCAUCCAUUUUUCAGGUGUAAUUUUGCACAAAGAUGAAUUUUAGUUCGUCCCAUCUGAUGUUCAAUGUAAUAUGCAUUCAUUCUUUGAUUUGA